AUGGAAAACAAAGAAUUGAAUCAUGAUUCAUUACCGGAUACGCAAGGAUCAUUGACAGAACCUCGUAAUCUUCGACUUGAGCAACGGCAAAUGGCAGAAUCCAUGUCCAGUGUGGACUACUUUUCCUGUUGUGGAUUGGGUCAUCGCCUGUCUAAAAUGAGUGACGCCCAUUACGUGGCCAAGAAGCGUUUGAACUUUCAACUCCGUGUCUUUUGGGCCACCUGUGCAUUAUCUCCGGAACAUGAUGAUGACGGGAAGGAAAUAACUGGUUCAUCUGCCAUUGUCCAGCAGAAUCAAACCAAUAAUGUCGAAGUAUUUCACUUUUUUUUUGGGCCCCAACCUUUUUCCGAACUUCAAGAGCUUCAAAGGCAGCAGGCAUUCGCAGAAGCUUACGGCAACUACACGCAUUCCAAUCUGAGACUGAAUAAUGAAAUUCCUGGUUUCAAAAAGUUCAAACGACAAUCGGAGGAAUUUUACUAUGUUCCUCCUAUACCGGUACAGCAACGGUCGUCGACGAACGAUUUGGUGAAUACUGCUAGCAUGCCACCGCCAAAUCGAACCACCAGCCAAGAGCUGUGUCCCUACCACCAUGGACUCGAGGACUUUUUCCAAGAGACGGCAGACUUUCACCAGAGUUUGAAGGAUCGGUUUGUCUCUAGGCAUCAGACGUUGAUCGACUAUUGGAGGGAUACGUUCCAGUUUGCCAAUCACACAGUCUUUGGGUUGCACGUGAGGGCUGGAAAUGGCGAAAAGGGUGACUUUCUGCGAAAGAAUCGGGGAUUGGAAGAUUGGGACACAUGGGCAUUUUCCGUGUCCGAGCUGAUUGCCCAAAUGAUUCGUCAAGAAGAAUGGACGAAGACAUCCAGACCUCCACUUCUUUUCUUGGCGAUUGAUACCGAUUCGAUUCUUCACAAACUCCAAGAGCAUCUUCAAGGAAUUUUACCCCUCGUCAGUUUGCCACAAGAGCGAGAAGCCGAUGGGUUGGGAGUGGCGUUUGGGAAUACCAUUCGAGUCCACAAAGAAAAGUGUUUGGAAAAAUGGCGAAGCUCGAUUCUGGAUAUGAUGCUUCUGAGUGACGCCGAUGUCAUCGUUGCAGGUCGACCAAGCAGCUUUACUCAAUCACUACCAAUGUCGAUUGCUCUUUCUCGGAACCACACAAACAAUGACGACUCUAACAUCAAGUCUCAUCCUUAUUGCGAAGUGAACCGAAAUGCAACUUUGUAUAACUGCUAUUCGGAUUUUGAAGACUGGUGCUGCAAUGGGAAGUCCUCAUUUCACAUGGAAGGAAUCCAUCCAGGAUACGAGUACCGAAGAUUGCCAUUGGCAUUGGAUCAGGAAGACUUUUCCACAAAGAUUCAGCCAAGAACAACGUCAGGAAUCAAUGCGCUAACUACUGCAGUGGAUCCAUUACUGGUGCGACAGCGUUCGCCAUUGGGACGACGUACGCCAUUACCCUAUGAUUGGACACCUAUGAGUACUUAG